AGCAAGUACAUAUGCAUCUUCUUGGAUGGAAUGAAGAAAUGAAUUUAGAAAAAAUGUCAUCUUAUUUAAUGGAAGCAAGUACAUAAAUAGAUAGAUCCAAAAAAAAAAAUUGUAUAAAAAAACAAACACAAUAAAUAAGCGCUUUAAAAUGAUUUGUGUAUAUUAAAUUUAAUGAUUUAAUUGCAAAUUUGGUUUAGAAAAGUCAUAUUUGAUAAACAUAAAAUUUAAAUUCAAAACGGUAGACUUCACCCGUGCGCAUCACACCGUUUACUUCUUGUCGUCUGUUUUGGGUGAUAAAUCAUCUUCCACCCACUUUCCAACCUGGUUUUCCAUUCAAACCGAACAAUGCCAAUUUCCAGGUUACGUAUAUGCCUAUAUAAUCUCAUUACCAUAUGCCUGCUCAAAUGCAAAUUCAGUUCAGUUUCAGGUGAAACAACUGAAUUUUUAAGAUGGGGAGGUACUUCGUGUACUUAUGUUUUUUUAUUGCGUUGACAUGGUUUUGGGUGACGAUCAGCUGCAAUAUUGUGUGCUUAAGGAAGGAAAGAGAUGCCCUCAUUGCUUUCAAGAAUGAGAUAUAUCCUUCACUUAGCUUUAGUUCAUGGAAUGGACUAAAUUGUUGUGAGUGGCGUGGUGUUGAAUGCAGCCGAGAGACAUCCCAUGUCAUCAAAUUUCAUCUUUCUCAAUUUUCAGUAGAUAUCAAAAACGGUUAUCCGACAACUGGCAAGCUUUCUCCUGCACUGUUCAAAUUGAAGUAUCUGGAGCAUUUGGAUUUGAGCGCCAAUUUCUUGAGUGGCGUUAUACCCGCAGAGCUUUCUAGUCUACACCGACUGAAGCAUCUCGAUCUCAGCUUCAAUUAUUUUGAAGACCACAUUUUGAAGCAUAUUUCUUCCCUUCACAGUUUGAUUUACCUCAACUUGUCCUGUGCUGGUGUUGAUCUGGACGGUAGCAUUCAGUGGCGUCUGGGAAAUAUUUCCCAACUGCAAGUUAUAGAUCUUUCUAGCGGGCUAUACAUCCAGGACGAGUCUUCCUUUUCCAGUUAUUACUGUGGACCAGUGUACAGUUCCAGUUUGGAGUGGACAGAAAUUGUGCAAGGGUUACAACAUUUGUCGCUUCAAGGGGUCGAACUGAAUAUGACGGGAGAGCAAUUGGAAUCUCCACUUUCUCGGCUCCACAAUCUCCGCCACCUCAACCUCAAAGACUGUGCUCUGUCUGGCCACGUCCCCAAUGCUUUACAAAACCUCAGCCACCUAUCCCACCUGCAGCUUGGCUGGAACCAGUUUACUUCCAGGUUACCCACAUGGUUGGGUAAUAUGACUGAUUUAGUAUCCAUUCAGUUUGACCGCUGUGACCUGACGGGGCCAUUCCCUUCGAGUCUUUCCCGUUUGCCGAAACUGAAAGAGCUUAAUUUGGUCGACAACAAACUAACUGGAAAUAUAAGACAAAUAUUGCCAUGUGAAGCGUGGCCCCAACUAAGCAGAUUUAGUCUAUCCGAUUCCAUUGUUACAGGAAGUUUGCCACCUUGCAUUGGAAAUCUUUCUGCCCUUCAAUACCUUGAUCUCCAAGUCAACUCAUUGAGUGGACAAAUUCCAGCUUCAGUUGGCAUGCUUUCAGCCUUGAUUUAUCUCCGACUCUCAUCUAAUCUGCUGAGCGGCAAUGUGCCUCCUGAGUUGGGGGGGAUUCCUUCUUUGGAAGUACUGUAUCUAGACAACAAUCAGCUUUACGGUAGCAUUCCUACUUCUCUUAGGUGUUUGACUCGGCUUUCUAGCCUUAAUCUCGCUAAGAACAAUUUAGAAGGCUACAUUUCUCUUCAUUUCUUUGAAAAUGCUACCAGGCUUGUUGAGCUCGUGCUUUCCUGCAAUAAAUUGACAGUUCUUAUUGAGCCCGAAUGGAUACCUCCAAUGCAAUUUGAAAGAUUGGGCUUGGGUUCUUGUAAUAUUGGGGGUCUCAUUCCUGCAUUCCUUUCAACACAAUUUAGGCUGGAAAUUUUGGAUCUCAGCAACAACAGUCUUUUUGGAAACAUUCCAGCUUGGUUUGGGGACCUUUCAACUUUGGCAGAUCUUUACAUGUCGCAUAAUAACUUGCAAGGUGAACUCCCUUCCACCUUUGAUAUAAGUUAUUAUUCCCAGAUAUAUUUGGAUGAUAAUAUGUUGACCGGGUCUGUUCCCGUUCCUUCUGUGCCCGCAUCAUAUUUGGGCGUGUUGGAUCUGUCCCAGAAUAGAUAUACCGGUUUUAUCCCAGUGGAGAUUGGUUCGUUUCUUCCUGCCAUUGAGUUCUUGUUAUACUCUCAAAAUGAUUUAAGAGGUGACAUUCCCACCUCCAUUGGUCUUAUGCAAGACCUACAGGAUUUGGAUCUAUCAGACAACAACUUUGAGGGUAAAAUACCACCAAUCCUCACCAACUGCUCAGCUUUGAAAAGACUAAACCUGGCGAAAAAUAAAUUGAGUGGAGAGAUUCCCUCCAAUAUAGGAAGCCUACGCCAACUCGAAAAGCUUCAUCUCAGUGACAACAUGCUUAAGGGAAACUUGCCGUUUGGUGUCCAAAACUGUUCGAAGUUGCAGAUUUUAGAUGUGGCUCAUAAUUUCUUGUCGGUGAACAUACCUCUUUGGUUAGGGCAGCUUUCUGACUUGAUGAUACUUGUUUUGAGGUCAAACAAGUUUCAUGGGCGGAUACCACAUGCAUUAGGCAAUCUUUCAAGUCUCCAUGUCUUAGAUAUCUCCCACAAUAAUUUGACUGGUGCUAUCCCACCAGAGCUGGGGAGAUUUGCAGCUAUUAUUGCCGGACAGCCGGGGGAAUCAAAUGUCUUAAAUGGUCGGUCCUCAUAUGGUCGCUCAUAUUAUUAUAAGGAAGAAAUCAAUGUGACUAACAAAGGAUUGAACCUAGACUAUCGGGAUUCUGUUCUUUUACUUAUAACAGCCAUUGAUCUUUCUUCAAAUCAGCUUUCAGGUGACAUUCCUUCAGAAAUUGGCAACCUUAAGCAUUUACAUGUCCUGAAUUUGUCAGGUAAUAGUCUUACAGGAGAGAUUCCAGUAAUUUUUGGCUUGUUAGAGCAGUUAGAAUCAUUGGAUCUUUCACAUAAUAAAUUACAUGGAAGAAUCCCAGGUGAGAUGGUACAACUUUCCUUUUUGAGUUUCUUCAUUGUGUCCAACAACAUGCUUUGUGGAAGAAUCCCAACAGGGCGUCAGUUCUCCACAUUCAAUUCCACUUACUUUUCAGGGAACCCAGGUCUGUGUGGGUUUCCAGUUGACAACAGAUCAUGUAGUUGUGAGCACAACUCAUCUGCAGGUAUGCCACCGGUUUCUCAAGAUGAAGAGGAAGAAGAGGAAGAAGAAAUCCCAUGGUAUUGGUAUGUAAGUUGGAUGGCAAGCUUUGCUGUUGGAUUGUGGGGAGUGUUUGGAGUCCUUUGUCUGAAAAAGAAAUGGCGAAUAAUAUACAUUCGAGUCCUAGAUGGAUAUGUCGUAGGUCUUCUGAAUAUAUUGUCACUCAGAAAAUAAUAAAUAGUAGUGUAGAGAGGCAUUGCCUUCAUUUCGCCAUAGAUGGAUAUGUCAUGGCUACUAUAGAUAGAUUCUGUAAGAAAAUAAUAUAUAUUAUGGUAGUUUAAAGAGGCCAUCCCUCCCAUAUGGGUAUGGAUGUCAGGAAAGAAAAUAAGUUUCCUGUGUGUAAGUUGAUAAUUUUAAAUAUAUUCGUAUACAUUUUUAUGGUUGACAA